GUUUUCUUAUGUUGCAAUGUUAAGAAUUAAAGUUAAUAAGUUUUCUAAGAAAAGAAUGUACUACAAUAAUUUUCCAAAUUCUGACUGUCCUGCUUUUUUGACAGGGGGUACUUGUACUUUUCCUUUGAGUGCUGAAACACAUUUAUCAGCUCUUCUUUACAUACCAGGAAGUGCUGCAUUUAGUUAAUGUGAGAAACAGCAAGAUCAAACUAACCUGGGAAAGAGGACAGAGAACGAGCAAGAGAAGUCCAGCGAAAUCCUGGUGGAUCGAAAGGUUGCCUCACACCUCUACCAACAGGGGUUUGAAUCCACCACACAUUCUAUGGUCUUCUCCUGCCUCUCUGGACCCUCCAUCCAUCCAUUAUUGCACCGAUCCACCUGUCGAUCUCCUGCUCUAUCCUUCCCUCACUCAUGAACAAGACCCCAAGAUACUUACACUCCUCCACUUGGGGAAGGACCUCCUUCACGACUCGGAGAGAGCACUCUACCAUUUUCCGGCUGAGGACUAUCGUCUCGGAUUUGGAGAUUGGUUACUUGCUACAAACUAGAAGCUCGACUGCUGGCAUGACAUCUAAUGGAAACAUGGAAACAGACCUUGUGUGCCUAGAGCCCAUUCCAAACUGACAACAGCUAUCAGCCACUGGGGACCUACAGACGAGAGCAAGAGUCAGACUGUGCUAUACACCCAUAAUCAUCUAAGCGAUGGCUCACCAUUCCGAUGAAGAGAUCCAGAUGUCGCUCGCGGUCCUCUUGCUGGACUAUUUGAAGGAGCUCAGUGAUGAAGAGCAGAAGGAGUUUAAAUGGAACCUGAGUCACAUGGGGGUAAAGCCCAUUCCCAGGGGUCAGGUGAUGCACCUGGAUAAAAUGGAUGUCAUUGACAUGAUGAUAGGUUCUUAUUCUGAAGAAGGUGCUCUCAAAGUCACGCUUGAAAUAUUGAAGAAGAUGAACCUGAAUGACCUUGCUCAGAGAUUGAAAAAACACCUUUGGAAGUGCAACCAAGCAGGAAGUGAGCUGUGUGAUAUAUUUCAGAAAAGGGAACUCAUGCCGCAAUGUCAGCAAAGAAUAAAGUGUAACCUGAAGGAGAAAUUUGAGCGUGUAUUUGAAGGGAAAGCUAAGGAAGGACACGCAACACUUCUCAAUGAGAUUUACACAGAACUCUACAUAACUGAAGGUGGGACUGGAGCAGUCAAUGACGAACAUGAAGUGAGACAGAUUGAAGCAACAUUAAAGAAAAGACUAACAGAAGAUACUACAGUCAAGUGCAAUGAUAUAUUUAAACCCUUAAGUGGACGUCUGACACCUAUCAGAACUGUACUCACUAAAGGGGUGGCAGGUAUCGGGAAAACAGUCUCUGUGCAGAAAUUUAUUCUAGAUUGGGCUGAAGGAAAAGCAAACCAGCAAGUUCACUUCAUAUUUGCUCUUCCUUUCCGGGAUUUGAAUUCGAUUAAGGAUAAAUAUAGUUUGAUUGAACUGCUUUGCCACUUUGUUCCAGAUUUGAAAUCAUUUGAUGCCAAUGAACUGUGUAGGUACAAAAUCUUGAUUAUCUUUGAUGGUCUAGAUGAGUGUCGUCUUCCUCUAGAUUUUCAGAACAAUGAGAGCUGGUUUGAUGUAACAAAGAAAACAUCACUGGAUGUGCUAUUCACUAACCUCAUUACUGGGAAUCUGCUUCCAUCUGCUCUCCUCUGGGUAACCUCUCGCCCAGCAGCAGCCAAUCAGAUUCCUCCUGAGUGCAUCCACCGGGUGACAGAGAUACGAGGAUUCAAUGAUUCCCAAAAGGAGGAGUAUUUCAGGAAGAGAUUUAGUGAUCAGAACCUGGCUUGCAGGAUUAUCACACAUGUGAAAUCAUCAAGGGCCCUUUUCAUCAUGUGCCACAUACCAGUGUUCUGCUGGAUUUCAGCCACUGUUCUUGAGAGGCUUUUUAUUGAGACUGACAGUGGAGAAAUUCCAAAGACUCUCACUGAAAUGUACACACACUUCCUGAUCUUUCAGACCAGUUUAAAAAAUGACAAGUAUAGGCUCCAGACCCCCGUAACACUGAAUAGGGCCGUCUGGUACAGAAAAUUGAUGGAUGGAUGCAUGAUAAACUAUGAAACCAGAUUUAAUAAAUGCUCUAAAUCUGGCAAGAAAUUCCUUUUAAAACUUGGUAAACUGGCUUUUCAAAACCUUAAGAAAGGCAAUCUCAUAUUUUAUGAGCAAGAUCUGACAGAGAAUGACAUUGAUGUCACUGAAGCUUCAGUGUAUUCUGGAGUGUGCACAGAAGUCUUUAAAGAGGAAUUUGGCUUGUAUCAGGAGAAGGUGUACUGCUUUGUGCAUCUGAGCAUUCAGGAGUAUCUUGCUGCUUUAUACGUGUUUGUAUCAAACUCAUCAGCUGAUCUGCUGAAGACUGCAGUGGAUGAGGCAUUAGAGAGCAAGAAUGGACACUUGGACCUCUACCUCCGCUUCCUCCUUGGCCUCUCAACAAACUCCAGUAAGACUCUGAUACAAAGGCUAAUGGCACAGAAAAGAAUCAGAUCACAAAACAUUAAUGAAUCAGUCCAAUAUAUCAAGAAGAAAAUACAAGAAAAUUUGUCACCAGAAAGGACUAUCAACCUGUUUCACUGUCUGAAUGAAGUGGGAGACAAUUCUCUAGUAGAAGAGGUACAAAGAUACUUGAAUUCAGGAAGUCUUUCAGCAAGAGACCUCACACCUGCACAGUAUUCAGCCCUGGCCUUUGUGUUACUGAUGUCAGAUGAGGAGCUGGAUGUGUUUGAUCUGAAGAAAUUCAUCACAUCAGAUGAAGGUCGUCAGAGGCUGCUGCCUGUGAUCAAGAAUUCUAGGACAGCUCUGCUGAACAGCUGUAAUCUCACAGAGAAAUGCUGUGAGGCAUUGGCUUCGGCCCUCAGAUCAAACUCCCCACCCCUGAGAGAGCUGGACCUGAGUGACAAUGACCUGCAAGAUUUAGGAGUACAGCUGCUCUCUGCUGGACUGGGGGAUUCACAUUGUAACCUGGAGAUACUGAGGCUGUCAGGCUGCAGAGUCACAGAGAAAGGCUGUUCUAUCUUGGCUUCAGCUCUGAAGUCAAAUGCCUCACAUCUGAGAGAGCUGGAUCUGAGCUACAAUGACCUAGGAGACUCAGGAGUGAAGCGGCUCUUUGCUGUAUUGGAGGCUUCCAGCUGUAGACUGGAGAAACUGAAGGUUGACCGGUGUGAACUCACAGAGGAAUGCUGUGAGGCGAUGGCUUCAGCUCUCAGAUCAAGCUCCUUGUCCCUGAGAGAGCUGGACCUGAGUGACAAUGACCUGCAGGAUUCUGGAGUGCAGCUGUUGUCUGCAGGACUAGGGGAUUCACACUGUAACUUGGAGAUACUGAGGCUGUCAGGCUGUAGAAUCACAGAAAGAGGCUGUUCUUUCCUGGCUUCAGCUCUGAGGUCAAACCCCUCAUACUUGAGAGAGUUGCACCUGAGCUACAAUCACCCAGGAGACUCAGGGGUGAAGCUGCUCUCUGCUGUACUGGAGGAUUCCAGCUGUAGACUAGAGAAACUAAAUUUGGACCACGGUGAAGAGUGCAGGACCAGACCAAGGUUCCACAAAUAUCAAAUGGACAACAGAGUUGGCAGUAUGGGCACACUGCUGGUCCCAUGUCAGUAGGGUGUGGCACCCCUCCAAGCCUGGAUUCAUGCAGCGAUAUGGUGCGGAAGGGAGUUAUACAGCUGUUGUAUCCUCUCCUAUGUCAAGUCAGCCCACAAGCUGUUGUAACUGGCAUCCUCUGUGUCCUGUGCCUAGACAUGCCAGUUUGUCAUAUGUUGUGUUUUUGUAUUUGCUGGUGUGAUUUCUUAUUUGCUCUUGCGAUUUUCGUAUUUGCUGGUGUGUUUUUGUAUUUGCUGGUGUAUUUUCAUAUUUCAUAGUGUGUUUUGCCCUUCAGGGCUUUCUAGCCUCUCCCUUACAAAGGCUUCUACUGAAAAUUAUCCAAUCAGAAAAAAAAUGCCCAUUCAGUCCACUCCUGGAUAGGUUACUGCAACUAUCGGGACAUUCCACCUUGUGGUCAAAACAAAAAAGCAGUAAACCUUAAAAUGGCAACCUGGAAAGUGUGAAAUCUUACUGUAUGGACGACUCCAACAACACCAAUAGCUCCCAUCUGCAGAACAGCCCUGGUUGCUGUGGAGCUGAGGCGAUAUGACACCGACACUAGACUCCUGGAUGAAGGCUCCUUAAAGGAGGAGCGAAUGGGCUAUACCUUUUUUUGGAAGGGAUAAUCCACUGGUCAGCAAUACCUUCAGUAUUUAGUGGAGCUUGCAUUCAAAAAUGUUCUUAUCCCAAGCUUGAGUAAGACACCUACAGUAUAUGCAUCAGCGAAAGACUGAUGUUCCUCCAUUACCCCUAGCCAAGAAGUGCUUUCCCACACACCUUACUGUCUAUACACCACCUCUCCCAUCAGAAAAUGAUAUUAAAAAAUCUCUGUUACCAGUUUUGCACCAGAUUCCCAAGAUUAACAGAGCCCUCUUACUUGGUGAAUUUAAUGUGGGGAGAAAUAGCAGGAUAUGGAGUGGAGUGUUGGGAGAACAUGGUAUUGAUCGCCAAUGACAGCAGCGGGAGACUUCUUACUCUCUGUGGAUGACCUUACCAUUAUAAACGCGCUCUUUAACCUAAAGAACAAUUAGAAAACAUCAUGGAUACACCCUCACUCCAAACACUGGAACUUGAUUGGUUAUAUUAUAGUGAGACACAGUGAAAUCUGCAAAACCUGUGCUAUGAGAGGUGCAGAAUGCUGGACAGGCUAUUGCAUUAUUCUGACCAAAUUCCAUAUGACAGUCUGCUCUCAAAAGUCUGGCAAAAAACUACUACAUUGUGCCUGGUUACAAAGCACUGGAGCUAAGGAAAUGUCCUGGCUGGCCUUGGUGGUGAAGCUAAAACAGACUGAAACAUUCUUGUACUUCAAAGUACCCAAUGAUCGACAGUAGACUUUGAUAAGCCCUGCACUUUGUGAUGCAAUAGCCCAAACCAUCGGAUAUAGAUCAAAAAAACAUCAAAGCUGGCUUGAUGAGGACUCGAAGACCAUCAUCUACCAGCUGGAAAACAUGCAGAAUCUACAUAAAGCAUCACUGCUCAACCCCUUAUCUAGUGCUAUCAGAGAGCAAUGGCAAGCAGCUCACGGGGAUGUGCAAAAGAUUGAGGCCACUGCAGAAUGAAUGGUGCAGGAAUAAGGCACAAGAAAUACAAGAAUAUGCAGACAUAAAUUAUCAUUUUUACAACUCAGAUAAACCUAUAUUUAGUCCAAGAAAUAAUUUUCUUAUUCACCUAAAAACAACUGAUGAUCCUACACUCCUAAAAGACCAGCUGAGAAGUCAGUUGAGGUGUGCUGAACAUUUUAAUACUUAUCUUACACACACAGCACACUCUUGCAGAUCACUCCAUACUUAGAGCUGCCUGAAUACCCCAUUAUUUUUUUCCUCAGUGAGACUCCAGCCUUCUUUAAGGUUCUGAUAGUUGUCUGCUCCCCAAAAAAAUAACAAGUCCCCUGUCAUAGCUGCUGAGUUGCUGAACAAGGACACUGCACCAAUUUAGUAUGGGAGGCAAAAGAGGGUCCCUAGCAGUGGUGGUACACAAAUAGUGUCACUGUAUAUAAAAACAGGGGUGAUAAGUCCAUCUGCAGCAGCAGUAAGGGAAUUUCUCUUCAUGUUGUUGCGUGGUGACGAGGCUGAUUGAUAACAUCAGGGUCAUUCCAUGUCAAAUCAUCACACUUUCAGACCCCAUUGUCACAGAUUUUAACAAAACUUAGCAUGCUGAUCUGGGAUCAAUAUUGAGGGAGAUUUACGCAAACUUUUUUGGGAGGACUAUGACUUUGACUGGCUACAUUCACCUUAAUAUAAG